UAUGUGAAGGGCCGAAGAUUGAUCGUCACCGUGUGUUAUGUGCGUUCUUCGGAGUUUGGGGGUCAAGACGAUAUGGCGAUCGCCGGUAGCAUGCGACGGAGGCAACAACAACUGCCGGUACAGAGGCAGGCUGGGGUCGUAAACCGGUUUCCCUUCAGAUUUAGAUUUACUUCGCGGAGAGCCUUACGUUUCAUCGUAGUCAGCCUCGCUUGUGUCGCUCUCUUUCCCCCCAUCUUCUUCCACUUCAGACUCCGCCACUUCCGUCAGAUGCAAUUAAGGAAGUGUGGUUGGUUGAAUGAUCCUCCACUUGUAUGUGCUCAUGGUGGUGAUGCAACCAAUGCAUUCCCCAACACUAUGGCUGCUUAUGGUAAAGCUCUUCAUUCGCAAGUAGACUGCAUUGAGAUUGAUGUUUCGCGUUCUUCAGAUGGUGUUCUGUUUGCACUUCAUGACAGGGAUUUGCAGCAGAUGUCUCGUAACAUUACUUCUAGAGUUGGGUACCUUAGCACGAAGGAGAUAAAAGAACUAAAUGCUUCUCAUUGGUCAGCACGGAGCUCUCAUGAUCAGACAGUUCCCACUCUUGAAGAUGCAUUGAUGUUGGUGUCAAGUUCAGUUCGGCAGGUGAUUCUGGAUGCAAAAGUUGGACCUCCUUCACAUGAAAAAGGACUUGCCAAGGAUAUUCUUUCUGUUAUCAAAAGAGCACAUUGCUUGAAUUGCUUGGUUUGGGCCAAGAUUGACGAUUUAGCUCUGGAUGUAAUAAAACUAUCGUCAGAUGUUACGGUAGGCUAUAUUGUUAUGUUGGAUCCUUCUACUGGCACGAGGAGCAACUUGUUGAGAAUGAAAGGAGCUAGAGUUGUUGGUGUUUACCAUCCAUUAAUUGAUGAAAAGCUUGUGAAGAUUCUGCAUGGGAGGAAUAAGAAGGUAUAUGGGUGGACUGUUGAUGAUGCUGAUUCUAUGCAGAGAAUGUUGUAUGAGCGGGUAGAUGGUGUUGUGACGAGCAACCCAACUCUAUUUCAACGCACAAUGCAAGAUGUCAGAACGCAGUGUCUUGAAGAGGGUUUUUCUUUGGCAUAACGACUCCAAUAUGUGUUCAUCAGAUUACAUCCUGCAUAUAACUUGUUCCAAAUACACGAUUUAUUAUCCCAACUGCGUAAUGCUGCCAUAGUUGUUUUUAAAAAAUAAUAAAUGAGUAAAUCCAUCUUCUUUCCGGGGGAUAAUUGCAGUAUGCAAAAUUAAAGACUA